UCUCCACCAGUGUUUACAAUCUUAUGUGUCUGAAUCUGGCCAAAUAUUUUGUGCUUCGUUCGCAGUUAAUAGCUACAUCUGUAACAGAAUGAAGGAUACUAUUUGUCGAAAAUCAAUGGAGAUUUGUGCCCAAAGAAUUGCACGAUCCAUAAUUAAUUAGUGGAAUAGACUGCUCAAAAGUCUGCGACCUCUGGCUCGCUUUCACUGAUGUGUUUUUUUCACCACUCGCUUUGUGUAUUUCAUUUUAGGAUGCCUAUGUUAUUCCGACAGCUACCUAAGGGAUGACAGUGACAUUUUGGCAUGCCUGAUGAAGCAUAUUGUGAUGCCCAUAUGUGAUUUCUUUCAUGUUGUGUUUUCAUUUGACUUCUGCCUGGGAAAUCAAAUUUAAGAACCACAAAGGUUUAUGCAUUCCAUUUAUUUAAUUAUUGUUAGAUUUAAAUAAUAUAUAAUUAUGGACAAACGAAGAGUGUUAUCAAAGAAAAAGGACUCAGGCUUGAAUGAGGGUAUAGCAGGCAGAUAUGUGAAAAGAGACACUCCGCCUAUUCUACGAAAUUAUCACACACCUGUUCGACAGGGCACAAACUUCCAGCGGCGGACGGCCAGGUCCCCCGCAUCCUACAUUCCUCAUCAAGUUAGUGGCAAUGUCAUCCCCAACACCAUGGCAUCUCCACAGUCCCGGCUUGCUGGUCAGCCAGCCCAAUAUGCCCUGGUUUCCACCAGUGCCCCCGUACAGAUGGACCGACAGAUGUACCAGCACUACCAGCAACAACAGGCACCAAGCUCACAAGGACAAAUGUCUCAGCUCAGUCAAGGGAUUCAGAAUAUACGGAUUGCCUCCCCUGCCCCUUCAAGAACUGAAACCACGCCUCAGUCCCGUGGCAUUAAUGUGGGGUAUGCAUAUCCAGUGGGUGCUAUGUCUAGUGCUACCAGUGCCUUGUCAAACACGGGAGGAGGACCCAUCUCUAUACCUCAGAGUGGUCACUAUCAAAAUUUACAAAAUCAGCAGUUACAAAAUAUACAGCAGUCAUUUCCUACCCAUCAAGUCGAGGACCGGAACCCUAAUUCACAUGGGAUGAUUCGCGAAGAUGAUAGCCAGGAACCUGUGACUACAGCUGCAGCACACUAUGGCUUCAGCAACUACAACAACAGCGGCGAAUACUUUAACCUACAGUAUGAUGACAAUUAUCAGAUCCAGCAGUACCACCAGGAGAUCCGUAACCACUAUGCUCAGCAGAACCCUGCCAACCAGCAACCUGUCCCAACCAGCAUGUACUCCCAUGUGGAACACAUAACCACACAAGAAGUUCAUUCCACAACAUCAUCAUCAACUGGAUAUGGUUCAGAGGAGAUGCCCCUGCCAGUCGGCUGGUCAGAAGACUGGACAGUGAGGGGGCUCAAGUUUUACAUUGACCACAACACUCAGACCACCCACUGGAGCCAUCCCUUAGAGAAGGAAAACCUCCCAUCAGGAUGGGAGAGGAUAGAGUCCAAAGAAUAUGGCAUCUUCUAUGUCAACCAUGUGUCAAAGACUGCUCAAGUUCAGCAUCCAUGUACUGCACUAGUCCCACAGCAUGGCUUGAUGUUGAGCUAUGGACGCCAGCCACAGAUACCCCUGCACAUAGAAUACCGUCCACCACGGCAGACUAACGUCCUUGUGCCUGCAAACCCCUAUCUUCAUACAGAAAUUCCACACUUUCUUAUGGUGUAUUCUAAAGCUCCCCCUGACCAUGACCACAAACUCAGGUGGGAGUUGUUCCGCCUCCCAGAACUGGAAUACUAUGAUGCUCUGCUUGUCCGACUCUGCAAAGAAGACCUGAAGAAAAUUGUUAUGACAUAUGAAGCAUAUCGGGGUGCCUUGUAUCGAGAGCUAGAACGGAGGAAGGAGGAACGACAGCGAGAACAGCAGCAGGAACGUCAGCAAGAACAACAGCCACAGCCACAGCAGCAACUAAGAAUGCUCACACAGAACAUUGAAACUAAAGUAUAAUAUUGUUGAGAAAAUGUAAAUUUAAUUUAUUGGUGUGUAUUAUUGGUACUAAAUAUUUCAAAAACAAAUUUAAUCUGUUUUAAUAGUGAUGACAUGGCACUUCAAAUGUUGAUAAUUUCACAUUAUACUGAUCCUUUUUAAGAAAAUUAUUAUGUACAGAUGAUUAAUUUAAACAUCAUAAGGUUAUUAUUGUUAUUUUUCAAAUAAUUUUAGAUUUCAAAGAAUUAUAAUGUUUAUUUGGAUGGUUGAUACAGUGUGAAAAUUGCAAGAUAAUAAUUUUACUUGUUAAGUAUGUAAAAGGUAUGUUCUGCAAAAUUUAGAUUAAAGUAAUGGAAUGUGUAUUUGUAGGUAUUGAGAACUGUAUGCUAUGCUAAUUCAUCAACACAUAAUUCAUAUGACAUAAUUAUCAGUUAAAAAUUGAUACUCGCAUUUGCACAUAGAAUGAUCAUACUGAGGGCUUAACGCUUAUGGCCAUUUUCAUGGAAAUACUCAUGUGUUGGACUAAGGGAGUAGGGACAGUACUCUGUAAAAUUCUUUGGUAUAUGCAUCUCUAUAUCUUAAGCUGUUUUGUGUUAAUGAUGUUGUGUACUCUUGACUAAGUGAUGGUUGUCUUGCACUCACAUACACACUCACUUACUAGUACUUAUUUAUUCAUUUGCUGUAAACUAGGAUGGGGUCUUAGGGGUUAUGGGUAGAUAAGUGGGUUUACAUUUUCUUGUCAUGCCAAAGACCUUGUUUCAACUUCACAGAUGGGUUAAAUCUGUAAAGCCUUUUCUUGUUUGUUUGAAUAUUGCUAAAAGCAGCGUAUAACCUUUCUCUGUUUCAUGAAUUUUCUAAUAACUCAUUCUUGUAUUUUCAUGCUUACAUUCUUGCCUCCUGUGUCGCACAGGCACAUUUGUUGCAACGAAAAUGGCAAUUUGUUAGAAAAGAUUUGAAGUUCAGACAUGUUUGAAAGUUAACAUGGUAAAACAAUAAAAAGCAGGGUUGACCUACCCAUUUCAUAUGCUCCUUCUUCAGUUGUAAGACAGAUAAAUAGUCCACAUAGCUUAUAUUCUGAAUGGAGGAGUAUAUAUUCAGUGAAACUCAGAAUAUUCUCAUUAAAUUCUGAUUUGUUCUUAUUUUGUGAUUUUCUUUCCAUCAAAAUCUGAUGAAAACUGCAUAGGAGGUAGCAUGAAAUAAACCCUGUAUGAACUUUGAUCAUCCAUGUGAAGUGAAUGGUGCCUGGACAUAUAUAAGCAAAUGAGAUGUCAGCAUUAUGAAACAAUUUAUCUUAUUGUUAAACAGAGAACAUAGACAGGGGUUUGUGGACAGUACUACUAAUAUUUGGUGUUGGAGAAAUUAGACCACCACUGAAAGAAAUUUUGUAUGGUGUUUUUU